CUGAGAAGAGAGUUAGAGUUAGGAAGAAAACAUGACUGUCUGUGACCGCGGUGGGAGAGACAUAUCUGGAGAAUAUGGAAAUGGACAGAUUGAAUCUUUAGCAAGUCACUGAAGUUCUUAGAUUUCGUUUCCUUGUCUGUAAAACAAGGGUAUUAAACUACUAGAAGAGAAAAAUGAAGACAGGACAUUUUGAAAUGGUCACCGUCCUGCUGGCGGCCAUGAUUCUAGUGGACAUCUUCCAGGUGAAGGCUGAUAUGUUAGACAUGGCAGAUAAUGUAUUUGAUGAUGAAUACCUGAAAUGCACUGACAGGAUGGAAAGCAAAUACGUUCCCCAACUGCUCAAGGAUGAGAAAGCAGGCCUUCAGCUCUUAGAGACCGUGUGGGAAAAUGCAAGAGCCAAAUGGGAAGCUCGGAAGACUCAGCUCUUUCUCCCGGUGAAUUUCAAGGAUAACCACGGGAUUGCCCUGAUAGCGUACGUUUCUGAAGCUCAGGAGCAAACUCCAUUUUACCAUCUGUUCAACGAAGCUGUGAAAACGGCUGGCCAAUCCCGGAAAGAUUAUAUCUACGGCUUCCAGUUUAAAGCUUUUCAUUUUUACCUGACCAGAGCCCUGCAGUUGCUGAGAAGACCCUGUGAGGACAGUUACAAAAACGUGGUGUACGGAACAAGCCAGGACACCUCGUUUACGUUCGGAGGGCUAAGCCAAGCCAGGCUUGGCCAUUUUACCUUGGCGUAUUCGGCCAGACCUCAGGCCGUUACUGACCAGGACACCGUGUUAGCCAUCCAUACGUGCUAUGGCGUUUCCACUGAAAACUUUUCUGAUAAAGAAAGUGAAAGAAGUAUUUUAAUACCCCUGAGUGAGAUUUUUCAGGUGUCAUGGGACGGUUCUGGCAGUAACCUUAUGCUUCAAAGCACAAACAAGACCUGCAGCCAUUUCGAGUGUGCAUUUUUAGGCGGACUGAAAACUGAACGCUGCGUUGAGAACCUAGAAAAUUUUCAACCUGUCUAUGUCUACAACCCUGGUGAGAAAAACCAGAAGCUUGAAGACCCUGGUAUGAAAAGCCAUGAGCCCACCCAGAUACCUGGAAUGAAAAUUCCAGAACCUUUUUCACUACCUGGAAUAAAAUUGGUACAACCGGAUGAAACACCUGAAGACAAAAGUCAAGGAAAAAUCAACAAUCCUACUUACAGAGCUAUGUUUAAAAAUGCAUUACAGUCCUGCAUCGCUUCACAAUGGGAAUAUGUCCUGAGAAAUGCGUUAGGCGAUUUCAUCAGCAAACCUAGAUGCUCCAAUUCCAGCUCCAGCUCCACUUCCAGUUCCAGUUCCGGGUCCCAAAACCCAUCCUUCCGCAUCCUCUGGCAAGAUGCUCCUUCCACCGAUUGGGACGCUCGUUUUAAUCAGUGCUUCUGCUGUAAAUCUCUUCGUUGCUCUGUAGUUUGAGACAUUCUUCCUCAUACUUUACUUGAAAUAGGCUAUAGGGAUCCCAUGGGAUAGCAAAAGGAAUGAUGUAUUUUUUUACUUGUUGGCCAAUGUCACUGAUACAAUGGGAACUGUACAUUUGUUAUUCAUUUUGCAAAUUUAGGAAGUUGGUCCAGAUAUAAUGUUACAGAAUUAACUUUUCACUUAUUUCUAUAUUAAUCUUAAUGAUUAAAAAAACCUGUUUAUUUCUGAUUGACUUCAAUAAAAGACUUUAAGAUUAC